AUGUAUCCUUUCGCUAACCAUCCCCUCGUCUUCCUAUUCUUCGAAUACGUAAUGGGAAGAGAAAAUGACGCACACAUCAUCGUGACGACACAUAAGCCAUUUCCAAAACCCAAAUCACCCUAA